AUUUAAAUAAUAAAAUUCAAAAUAUAAUAUUGUUUAUUAAAGUCGACAAUAUGUAUAAAUUAAUAUGUAUAAUAUUAAUAACAUCGUUUGUCUAUGGACAAACUCAAUAUUACAACAGUCCACAAAAUAACAACAAUAGCAAUCUAAGUGGUCCAAUUGACCUAGGUCUACAUGUGAAUGGUGGUCAGGGUCAACCGGGUCAACAAGGAAUGCCGCAAAAUAAUUAUCAAUAUCCUCCUAACAGUCAGCCAAUAAGUAAUUAUGGUUAUGGAAAUCCAAAUGGAGCUUAUGGAGGUAAUGGUGCUAACCCUGGCGGUUUUGCUCCUAAUAUUGCCCCUAUCGGUUAUGUAUCUGUCCCACCUGUUGUCCCUGGUGGUUAUGGAUUAAAUAAUGGUUUACGUGGCGAUUAUGGUGAUUAUGGAGGUAAUGGUUUCAAUGGCCGUUAUGGAGGUAAUGGUUUCUAUGGUCGUAGAAAUAGAGGAGGAUGGCAUCGAGGUUAAUAAUUGCUAAACAUUUGAAAACCGAAAUACAAAUAAAUUGAAUUUUCUAGUUUAGUUUUAAAAUUGAAAUUGUUAUUAAUAAAAUUAUUAUAAAUUUUAUCAAAAUUGAUGAAUAAAAAUUUGAUUAA